AUGGCCAAAGAAGAGGAUGAUGAUAAUUUGCCUGAUAAAGAUGCGGCGAAAGAAUUUUACGCAAAGUAUGAACCAAAAGAAAUCAUAGGCAGAGGCAUAAGUUCUACAGUCAGAAGGUGCAUAGAAAAAGAAACUGGUCAUGAGUUUGCUGCUAAGAUAAUAGAUCUCAGUCAAGAGUCUCAGGACGGUGUUGAUACGCAAACAAUGAGGGAUGCCACACGCCAGGAGAUAAAUAUCCUCAGGAUGGUGGCUGGUCAUCCUUACAUUAUUGAACUGCAAGAUGUGUUCGAAUCGGAGACAUUCAUCUUCUUGGUGUUCGAGCUGUGCAAGAACGGCGAACUUUUCGACUACCUCACGUCCGUCGUCACUCUAUCCGAAAAAAAGACUAGAUACAUUAUGAGGCAAGUGCUGGAAGGCGUUCGCUAUGUGCAUAGUAAAAACAUCGUCCAUCGCGAUCUAAAGCCAGAGAAUAUUCUGCUGGACGAUCAGCUCAAUGUAAAGAUCACGGACUUUGGUUUCGCCAAGGUGCUGCAGGACGGAGAAAAACUUUUCGAGCUGUGCGGAACACCGGGAUACCUCGCUCCAGAAACCUUGAAAGCGAAUAUGUUCGAGGACGCGCCCGGCUACGGAAUGGAAGUUGACAUUUGGGCGUGUGGAGUUAUCAUGUUUACUUUAUUGGUAGGUUGUCCGCCAUUUUGGCAUCGAAAGCAGAUGGUGAUGUUAAGAAACAUUAUGGAGGGGAAAUACUCCUUCACUAGCCCCGAGUGGUCGGAUAUAUCAGAGGCUCCUAAAGAUCUCAUCAGAAGGCUGCUGGUAGUCGAGCCUAGCGAGAGAAUUGAUUUACAAGAAGCUUUAAUACAUCCCUUUUUCAACACUAUGUUGUGGGACCAGGACAUGACACCGCUCAAGAAAUCGCUGUCCGGAACCAGCCGAAGGAUGUCCAGGAUUGACCAACUGUCUAUGGCCAUAAAGAGCGGCAGUUUCUCGGCGCGCGGGAGGUUGCGCGUGGUGCUGCUGGCGGUGCGCGGCGCUGUGCGGCUACGGCGCCUGCUACACGCCUCCGCGCGCGCCAUGCCGCUAGCCGACGCGCUGCGCGACCCCUACACCAUGCGCGCGCUGCGCAAGGUACACACGCACCCACACACAACAACAUGCGUGCUGCACGCCUCCGCGCGCGCCAUGCCGCUAGCCGACGCGCUGCGCGACCCCUACACCAUGCGCGCGCUGCGCAAGGUACACGCGCACCCACACGCAACAACAUGCGUGCUGUACGCCUCCGCGCGCGCCAUGCCGCUCGCGGACGCGCUGCGCGACCCCUACACCAUGCGCGCGCUGCGCAAGGUACACACGCACCCACACACAACAACAUGCGUGCUGCACGCCUCCGCGCGCGCCAUGCCGCUAGCCGACGCGCUGCGCGACACCUACACCAUGCGCGCGCUGCGCAAGCAACUUGAGCCGAUAGCUGGUGGGGAGCUGCUUCUUGGUGCUUUAUAUGUAACUCUCCUGGACUUUUGGCGUGAACUUGUACCAGGGUAG